GGCCUCAGGGUGUCCAGGAAGGGACUCCACUGCUGCCUCUGGAUUUCCACCCAGCGGCCUCCGGGUCCUGCUCUGGUCACAAAGGGAAGCCGGGACCCUGCUCUUCAGGCGCAAACUUCCCCCCUCAAGGGCCGCAGAGUGUGCUGCCCCGGCCCUGGCUUGGCCCCAGUGGGCCUGAGAAAAACCAGGCUUCCUGCAGGACAGCAAUGCAGCUGCUCUGGAUGUCUCUGCUGCUGGUGGCCUCUUGUGUCUUGUGUUGCACUGUCCAGGGCUCACCAGAGACGGACGUCAACAUGUCCCAGCCCUUGCACAUCCUGGUGGAGAAAAACUUGAUGGUGCUAACACCUGCCGGCCUGACCCAGAUGCUGAAUGAGACCCGCUUCCUGAUGGUGCUCUUCCACAACCCGUCCUCAAAGCAAUCCAGGAACUUAGCUGAGGAGCUGGGCAAAGCCGUGGAGAUCAUGGGCAAAGGCAAGAACGGGAUUGGCUUUGGCAAAGUGGACGUCACGGUUGAGAAGGACCUUCAGAAGGAGUUUGAUGUCAAGAAGGCCCCAGAGUUGAAGCUGUUUUUUGAGGGCAAUAGAUCGGAGCCCAUCAGCUGCAAAGGAGUGGUUGAAUCUACUGCUUUGGUUGUUUGGUUGAGAAGACAAAUUAGCCAGAAGGCAUUUUUGUUCUCUGAUGCCAAUGAGAUAGCAGAGUUUGUGAAUUCCAGGCCCUUGGUCAUCAUUGGCUUCUUCCAGGAUUUAGAGGAAGAAGUAGCAGAAUUGUUCUAUGAUGUGAUCAAAGACUUCCCAGAACUAACUUUUGGAGUGAUAUUGAUUAGAAAUGCCAUUGGACGUUUCCACGUCACCCUUGACAGUGUUCUGGUGUUCAGAAAGGGAAAAAUCGUGAACCGCCAGGAGCUUAUUGAUGACAGUACCAACAAACAUAUCCUCAAUCAACUCAUAAAACAGCACCUCACAGAUUUUGUUAUUGAAUACAACACUGAGAAUAAGGAUCUGAUUUAUGAAUUGAACAUCCUGAAUCACAUGUUGCUCUUCGUCUCCAAAAGCUCCAAGUCAUUUCGUAUGAUAAUGCAGCAUUAUAAAUUGGCAUCGAAGAAAUUCCAAAACAAGAUCCUUUUCAUCCUUGUGGAUGCAGACGAGCCCAGAAAUGGACGUGUCUUCGAAUACUUCCGGAUCGCAGAGGCUGAUAUCCCAUGUGUCCAAAUCCUAAACUUAAGCUCUGAUGCAAGGUACAAAAUGCCUUUCGAGGAAAUAACCUAUGAAAACCUCAAGAAAUUCGGCCAGAGCUUCCUGAAUAGAAAGGCCAAGAAACAUCAGUCCAGUGAAGAAAUUCCAAAUUAUUGGGACCAGGGGCCGGUUAAGCAGCUUGUUGGGAAGAACUUCAACGUCAUUGUCUUUGACAAGGAAAGGGACGUAUUUGUGAUGUUCUAUGCACCCUGGUCCCAAAAGUGCAGGGUGCUGUUCCCAGUGUUGGAAGAGUUGGGUAGAAAGUAUCAAAACCACUCCACAGUCACCAUCGCCAAGAUCGACAUCACAGCAAAUGAACUUCAGCUGACGUACCCGGACCGGUACCCUGUCUUCAGGCUCUUCCCUGCUGACUCUCAACAAGCUGUACUAUAUAAGGGAGAACAUACCCUGAAGGGCUUUUCUGACUUCCUGGAAAGUCAAAUCAAGACCCAGACUGAGGACGAAGAUGAGCUACUGUCUGUUGAGCAAAGUGAAGUGACAGAAAAGGAGGUAUUAGGUGAGGAAAAGGAGGUACCUUUUACGAAGAAAGAGCUACCAGAACAGAAGUUGCCUGAGCUGGAGAACUUGACCAAGCUGGAAGGGCCAGCUGGGCAGAAAGAAACGGCUGAGGAGGAGGAGAAGGUAGCUGAGCCAAAGGGACCUCCAGGACAGGAGAAGAAGCCAAGAGUGAAGGAAGAACUGUAGCCUCUCCAAAACCAGGAGAGAGGGUGCCCAUUUUCCAGGUCCUGGAAUCAUUUUCU